AAAGGAAAUUAUUUAUUUUAAAAUUUUAAUUUCUCUAUGCUGCCAUCCAAAUACGAUUCCCCCGACGCUCGAUCAAUUUCGGCGGGAAGAUGAAAUGAAAGGGGUGCCUUGUCGUCAAUUUUGUUCCCUUUUAAAUCAAUUAGGGCUCUGAAAGAAUCCAUUUCUACUCCAAUCACCUGCCAUUUGUGGUGCAACGAGAAAUGGAAGACCCUAGAACAAAUUCCCAAAGGCUGGAGGGCAACACCUUGGCCAUCCUCGACUUCUCCGGCAUCAGGGAAGCUCGCGAUAUCCAUGACGAUAGACUUUCUUUCCUGGAAGCCGUUCGUGCCGUUUCUCUUGCUUCAACAUCCCCUUCACCUCCUACCUGGAAAAUGUUUGAUGCUAUUCUCCAAAUCCUUAGAGAUGGCCUGUCUCUUGAACUGGCUGUGGCGUGUUUCCAGCUUCUAACCGACCUGGACAAGCGCUAUCCUAGAGUCUAUGUAAGGGAUUCAGAUAAUUUGGGGACUAAUUCUGGUGGAGCUGGGGAACUUGUGGUGAAUAAAGAGGCAUGGUCUCCAUUUACGGUCAGAUCAGGAAACUCGCAUUUUGAGGAUAGUGGGAUUUGCAGGGAUUCAAAUAGCCUGCUUGAUUCUGCGUCUUUCUCCUCUCUCGUGGAAGAAAUUGCUGUUGGUAGACACUCCGCAAUCAAGACCGUGCAGAACAUGCUGUUGUUUCAGUAUCUUGUUCGUGCGCUUGAAGCUGAUUUCUUGCCUCGUCAUACUUUAUAUAAGGAAACAUUAAACUGGGUCUUUUUAAGGGAAUCCGUGCUCAGCCAGCUUGUGGCAUCAAGAAAAAUGAACUAUAAGAGUUUAGUCCAUAAUUGCUUGUCAGUCGUAUCUACUAGAUUCUUCCAUGAGGCCAACAUCUGUCAUACAGAUUUGAAAGUCCAAGAAAGCAUUUCUGGUGAUCUACCACAAAGUUGCAAUGUUGGUCUGCCCUUUGCAUUCCCUGAAAUUCAAAGAAAAGCUUGUGAUGCUGUACAGAAACUUUUGAUAUUGAUCAUGGAGCUUGAUGUGAUUCGGAAAGAAGCCGAGAAAUUAGGUUUAACUUCAAGAUCAGAUAGCUUCAGGGCUACCAUUUUAGAUACCAUUCUUGAUGAGCUGACAUAUAAUAAAGAUCAGUUAUCCCCAUUUCUUGAGGUUUUUGAAGAUCCUAAGUGGAAGCUGGAGAUCAUUUUACUGUAUUUUGGGAAAUACUACAGCAGGCCUUCUACCCGAACUAGGAGGUCAAAUAGUUCACCAAAUGAUGAGACUUUUGAGGGCAUCUUGAAUUGCUUCUCAAAUCCUACUACUACUGGUGGCAUUUUAAGAAAAAUGGCUUCUGAGGUGGCGUGUUUGCUUCUGGCUCAGGCUUUCAAGUGCUAUCUAUCACUACAAAGUGAUCAGAAAAAUGCUGUUUUUGUUACUGAAAAGAUCGGAGGAAGCACUCUACCGGAGAUAUGCAAUAGUUUGGUAACUGCUUUCAAAAACCUGAGGAAGUUGGAUCGUGAUUUGGAACUAACCUCUUUUGAGAAGCAAGCUUUGACUACUGCUGCAGCAUUGGCAUCUAUGAAGUCGUAGAGUGCUAAAGAUCCUAUAGCCAAAUGAUCUGUAAAUCUAAAUUUAGAGCUUUUUUUUGGACUGUUGGUUAACAUUUAUGUACAGCGACGCAGAGAAACAAAUUGUUUGUGUUAUGGCAUUCAAUUGUUGCUGGACUGCAUUUUUUUUACUGACUAAUGGAACAAGUUUUGGCCUAAUUAGCUA